AGACAACUGUAAAUUAACAUGGCGGAUAUUUUUUGGUCAAGGAGUGUCUUGUAUUGUUGUUCGUGCAAACUAGCCUCACCGUUGAGCACUUUAUAUUUUUGUCGCUAUUGUGUUGAGAUGCGAUGCCAGUUGUGUGUUUACACAGAGACAGACUCCUACUACUGUCCCAAUUGCUUGGAGAACAUGCCCUCUGCUGAAGCAAAGGUGAAAAAGAAUAGGUGUGCAAAUUGCUAUGAAUGCCCAUCAUGUGGUAAUGCACUCUCAACUCGUGCAACAGCUGUUGCUAUACCAUCAGAAAAUCCGGAAGAAAAAGCAACUGCAAAGAAAGUAUUUUAUCUUGCAUGUGGCUUCUGUCGAUGGUCUACACGAGAUGUGCAAAUUCCUGAUAAAAGCAAUGCUAACAGCGGUUGGCCAGAGCCAGAGAAUCCAGCAUCCCAGCGAAUGAAUGUUUUGGUUGAAUAUUACAAGAAACUUGCUGCAAAGGAACAACAUGAUCGUGAAAAAUUAAAAUUGAAAAAGAAAAGUUACAUGCACAUAACAUCGUCAAGUUUUGCUUUAAAAACUGGAAAUUUGGCUUUGAUGAAGAAAAGAAGCAGUUUGUCGUUGAUGAGAAGUUUAUCUUUGAACAGAGGUAGUGCUGGAAUUGAAGAGGAUAUCAAGUUUGAUGAGCGAUCAAAAUCAACUGAGCAACCUCCGCGCCAGGAAUUGUACAGUGAAGUAGUGAAACUUGAGAAGUCCUCGUCAUUAUUUCAGAUGCUUUCACAACCUGACUUUCAGUUUUCACAAACUAGUGAUUUUUAUCCAAGGCAUAAAUAUCUCAUUGCAAAGCAAUCACAACGUUGUCGGCAAUGUGAACAUAAUUUGUUAAAACCAGAAUUCAACCCAAAUUCAACGAAGUACAAGAUCCAAUUUUUUGCUUUAAAUUAUGUUCCUCAAAUACAAGUAUCAAAUGUGGAUGAUUUUUCCUUUCAAAAGAAAUCACGUGUUACGCUUUCAUUGAAGAAUCCACUUGACUACCCAAUCAGCGUGACACUGAGAUCAGCUCCCAUGUUGAAUUCGAAAGAUGAUGUUUUCGAAGAAGUGCCUGAAAAAGGAACGCAGGAAAUAAAUGAAAAAGUGGAGAUGAAUAAGAGUGGAAGUAUAUCUCUUGGAUCGUCUGACAGAGGAUUGACAAAAGCUCAGAAAAUUCCCGUGGAUAAUAAUGGUGAUAACUGUAUCCUGGAUGAUACUGUUGAGGUACUGCUGCCGUCUGGACCGCUUGAAUUAGCUGCUAGAGAUGACGCAGCAGAAUACGAUGAAAGCGAAGUUACGACUGCAAAAUAUGAAGAUGAUCCGAGUGUUAUAGCGUUGCGUCAGGCAAACAAGUUGUGGUUCUAUAUUGACGUCAUUCCUUUGAGGAAAUCAGGGGAUGUUGAGUUUUCCCUAAUUCUUCAAUACGAUUACCAGACCAUUGUAUCAUCGAAAAAGAAAAUUGGUGUAAGUGAUGAAAACCAAGAGGAGCCGGAAAUUAAAACAGUACCACUUGAACAUCGUGUUCAUUUGAGAUUAGGCCAGAUUUUGAUUCAGAAAUAGUGUCUGGAAACGACAAAGACGAUAAUUUUAAACGUUUUACGAAAGGAAAGUGACGAAUUAUUUAUAAUACAUGAACAUUGUCCUACCAGAAGGCCUUAAUGUGAUGAAAUAAGUGAUGUUGAAGUUUUUUUUCUAAUUGAAAUGCAGAAACUUAUCAAGGUCUGUAUCUUGAAAUAUCAAAAUUGAUAAGAUAUAAGAGUGGCUCAUUUGACUGACUGCUUAUUACAUUGGAGAUAAGCUUGUCCGCUUUCUUAGAGAAAAGAAUAAAAUUACAUUAUGGGAACAA